CACACACAUUCUGCAACGCACGUGAGGAAUGAAAUGAGAGCGGAGAGCUGGAAGCAGCACACAGCUGAAGCAGCCGUCGGUCCGCUAGCAGCAGGACAACAUGGCGGGGACUUUAUUCCGUGUCCUCGGUGCUUGGUCAUGAGCCUGAGAUCUUCCUCACGUGACCACAGUCUUCUUCACUCCAUUCUAACUCUGGGAAUAAACUUCCUCAAUGUGUCUGAAUGCUGUCAGUGUGGGAAUCUCCCUGCAGGCAGCGGGUGGCACGCAUGUCGGUCUGCUGCGGGACGGCCUCACGCUGAGAGAGCGCCGCUGGUAGAGCUGCGCGCGCAGCAUGGGUGACGCGCUUAGCCGAGAAGACAUCUCCCCUGCCGAGCUGGACGCCCUCUGGAGGGAGCCGGACGCGCUCGGGGAAGCCAGCCAACACGUCUCCGGAACCGACAUCAUGACCCGAGCUGCAGGUGAGGAGGAUGACGGUCCAGCGGUGGAGGCGGGCGAAGGAGGGGCGGAGCCUGGUAAAGGAGGGGCGGAGCCUGACAACUACUGGAAGAAGAAGGAGGCCUUGAGAGGAAGCACUAUGUCACUGGGAGAUAAAUUCUCCUCAGAGAUCGAGCUGCUGUUCACGGGGCGGCGGCGCUCCAGCGAGCAGCCCGACCACGUCCUGCAGGAGGCGCUGCGCACCCGCCUCCGGGUGGUGGAGAGCAACAGCCAGGACGUCAUCCAGCUCUUCAAGGACCUGUCGGCUCGUCUGGUGUCCGUCCACGCCGAGAAGGACAGCUUCGUCCUCACGUUCAAGACCGUGGAGGAAGUCUGGAAGUUCUCCACUUACCUGGCCUUAGGUUACGUGGCUCGCUGCCUGGAGAACUUCCUGUGUGAUCAGACCUUCUGGCUGGACCCCGAGCUGCUCGGCGACCUGCAGAUCACCGUCACCGUGGACGAGGAACGGCUGGCCACCCUCUACCUGGGCCUGCUGCUGCAGGAGGGCUCCUUCUUCGCCAAGGCGCUGUUCACCAGAAGCGACGAAGACGAGGACAACGAGGAGCAGCUGCAGUUCAAGAAGAACGAGCUGCUGAUGGUGAGGGACACGGGGCAGGACAGCAUGUGGGAGGGCGCCAUGCUGUCCACCGGGCGCCACGGCCUGGUGCCGGUCAACGCCAUGCAGCCGCUGCCGUACCCCUUCUACCAGUGGUUUCUGAGGAACUACCCGGGCAACGCCGGAUGCUCGCCGGCAAACACGGAACCGUUUGAACACGCCAUCGUGACCGGUUCCUGCGUCGCAGUGGUGGACCACAGCCCGGGGGACCGGGAUGAACUCCAGCUCAGCCUGGGGGACAUCGUGGAGGUCCGGGGUCUCCUGGUCCGGGGUCUGGAUGUCUUCAUCGCGACGCACUCCUGCACGGGUCACACGGGCUUCAUCCACAAGGCCCACGUCAAGCCUCUGGACACCACGCCGCUCGACGGGCGGCUGGUCUUCCUGACGCAGGAGGAGCGGAGCGGCCUCGCUCGGGUUAACCCCUGCAGCGCCGAGCCGGUCGACGGCGGCGGCCUGCUGGAGAGACUCUUCUCCUCCGACAUCAGCAGCGUGUACCGGCUGGACCGACUGGAUGAGACGGACUUCCUGUACAUCAGGAAGCGGCCCCGACACGAUCACAAGGUUCCUCCCAGCAGCCGCCAGAGCGUCAUGUCGGACAGGAGCGGCGGCGGCACCCCCCCCUACCAGUCCUCCCCCCACACGUCUUUCUCGUACUCCUCCCAUCGCCUGUCGCUCUAUCAAUCCCACAAUCCUUUGCAACGCGACGGGGAGUGCCUGUCCUUCGCUCUGGACGACACCUUCAGGGAGAUGGACGAGUUCCAGGAGGACCCGCCUCUGUCCUUGGAGGGGAACAGCUGGGAGGGGGAGGACUCCGAGUUCAGCGACCCCACGCUGACCCUGCUCAACCAGCCGCGCUUCCAGGACGACCUCCUGCCGCUGUACGACCUUCAGUGUUCCUUCCUGCGGGUGACCUUCGGCGGGAGGACUGAGGACGAGCUGUCGGGUCACCUGGAGGGCGUCCGGGAGGGCGCCAAGAGGACGGGCCUGGACUGGGCCCACCGCCGGGCCUGCUUCCUCCUGGGGAGACUCUGCGCCCGGAAGCUGAAGCUGUCUCAGGCCCGCGUGUACUACGAGGAGGCUCUGGGCGUCGGCGUGGACGGCUUCUCCGACACGCCGCUCCUCGUCGCCCUCUACACGAACCUCACCGCCAUCUACCUGAAGCAGCGCAUGGCGGACAAGCUGCCGCCGACCCUGGAGAAGGCCGCGGCGCUGCUCCUCUGCCUGCCCUGCCACGCCUUCACCUCCGCGGACGAGCUGGAGCUGCUGCAGCUGCUGCUCCGGCGGUCGGUGGUGACGGCCGACAAGCACCUGGAGGCUCGCGUCUGCUUCCUCGUGGCCGGCCUCUUCCUCGCCCGCCGGAGGCCCGACGACGCCCUGCCCUUCGUGGAGCGGCUGCAGUUCCUCUCGGCGACGCUCUCCGCCGCCGAGGGGCGUCCCGUCGUCCCCCUGGACCUCAACUGGCUGCUGAGCCGGCUCUACCACCGGAAGCACAUGCCGUACUUGGCGCUGGCGUCCCUGAGCCUGGACUCGAGGCCGGACCACUCGCUGCCCGACGCCUUCUGGAGGAUCGAGCUGUUCGUCAGGAACUCGGUGCGCCUGAACCCGAGCUGGAACGAAGGCACCUCCCUGCUCCCCGCGCAGAUUGUGACGUACCUGCAGCAGGCGCUGGUCAUCGCGGAGCGAGGGGAGGAGCUGAAGACCCAGAGGGACCUGUGUCAGGGCCUGGCCACCGUCUACCUGCAGCACGGCGCUCUGGACAAGGCGGUGCUCUGCGCCCGGCGGGCCGUGGAGACGGGGGGUCACAUCAACGAGGAGGAGGGCUUCGAGGCCUCCGUGCUGCUCGGCUGGCUGCUGGUGUUGACGGGGGAGGCCGAGAGGGCCCGGAGCGUCCUGCAGCCGCUGCUCACGUCCCUCCAGGGCACAGACAGCCCCACGCAGCGCGGCGUGAUCCACAACCUCCUGGCUCUGUGUCUGAGGCAGCAGGGCUGCGUCCCGGAGGCCGGGCGGCACCUCCACUCGGCCUUGGCGAUCUCCAGGGAGAGCGGGCACCAGAGGAACCAGGCCCUGGCUCUGGCCAACCUGGGCUGCCUGGCGCUGGACGUGGGGGCGCCCCUGGUGGCCGAACGCUUCCUGGUCAGAUCGCUACAUCUGUUUCUGGAGCUCUGGGAAAGCCCCGUCGACGAGGAGCACGUCCAGACCUUCCUGUGGCUGGGGCGGAGCUACAAGGACAGGAGGCGGAGCCACGACAGCAGGGCUUGCUAUGAAAUGGGGCUGCUGAUUGCACUGCAUGCUGGGAACUUACACAGUCGGAUGGUGGUGGCCAAAGUGCUGAGUCGAGUGUACGCCGACAUGCUGCUGUACAGCCAGAGCAUCGUGUACUACGAGCACUGUGUGUCGGUGUGCCGAGAGCUGAAGGACAAGCGGCUGGAGGGGGAGUACCUGGAGAUCCUCAGCAGCCUCUACCUGUCGCUCAACACCGAACGGUCGUCUCGUAAAUCUCUGGACUACACCAAGCAGAGCCUGAGGAUUUCUAUAGAUCUGGGCAAGAGGGAGGAGGAGUCGGAGACCUGGCUGCAGGUGGGACGCAUCUACUACCUCAUCCAGGAGGACGAGCUGGCCGACAUGUACCUGCAGGCGGCGGUGAAGACGGCCCUGAGGAUGAACGACCACCACUUCGUCAUGAGCAUCUACGAGGAGGCCGGAGACGUCUACUUCAAAGGCUCCAGGAACCGCAUGGCGUCGGUGCCUUUCUACAGGGACGGCGCUCUCCCGUUCGCCCGCAGUGUGGACGACGUCCACUCCGAGUUCCGCCUGUUGAGUAAACUGACGGAGCUGCUGAUGAAGCACGGCGAGCCGGAGGAGGCGCUGCAGUACGCCGAGCUCGCCGCGCAGAGCGCCGGGAAGACAGGUGUGCGUGUGAACGAGAGGACGGCCUUCCACCGUCUGGCCACCGUCCACUACGACCAGCAGCAUUACGAGCUGGCGGAGAACUUCUACCUGAGGUCGGUGACCUUGUGUCCGGCCAGCCUGCAGGACGCCGCCGAGGCGCGCUACUUCACCAAGCUGUACUGCCGGCUGGGAGACCUCACCCUGCACCGGCUGAAGGACUCCUUCGACGCGGUGGGCUACUUCCACUUGGCUCUGGCGGCGGCGCUGGAGGACCGCGCCAACCCCGCGGCUCUGUACGUGGUCUACAUGAAGCUGGCGGAGAUCCACAGCCGCCACAUGCCCGACGCCGCGCUGUGCCGACACUACGCCGACCGAGCCCGGGGUCUGAAGAGGGUUCUGUCUGGGGAGGAAGAGGAGCACGGAGAGGACGAAGACGUAGAGAAGGACGAGGACCCCGUCGGCGCUUCGCCGGGAAAUGAAAACAGCGGAGGCAACUCGCCUCCGAGGACUGGCGCCGCUCACGGAGACGCGGAGGACGUACGCGCGGACGCCCGUACCGGAGAGGAGCGCGGCGACCCGGCGGACGCCUCGCGCUCCGAGUCGCAGGCCGCGGGCGGCGAGUCGUACAGCGACGGCGUCCCGAGCGAGACCUUCGAGACGGCCAGGGAGCAGAUCUCGGACUCCAGCGGCUCCACCGGCACGUUACAAACUCACGACGCCGACGCGGCCGGCCGGUCGCCCGACGCCAAGCAGCGGGCGUGCAUACAGAUCUGAUUUUU